CCUACUUUUAGGCGGCAUAUUACGUAUACGCAGGUGCCACAGUUUGUGGGUUGACAGUGCAGGCGCCGCAGCCAAAUUUUGAUCAUGACCGCGUAACAAAUAAAACCCAAAAUAUAUAAAGACAACAAACAAACGCAAACAAAACAAAGCACACAGCGAGAAGUUUAUAAAACAGUUGAAAUUGUAAUUGUCAACAAGAAAUAUUGUGUAAUAUCUGAAUGAACAUGAAUAAGACCAUAUUGCACUGGAGCUACUUGAACUUCAAGGAUGUGCCGAUGGACUUGUUUCUGUACGAAGAUCUCGAGGAGGUUUACCUCAAAGAAAACUUCAUCUCCGUCAUACCCCAAUGGCUGCUUAAUAUAACAUCGCUCAGAUUCAUACAUCUGGCUGGCAAUAAUCUUACCGAUCUGCCUCCGGACAUAUAUAUGCUGGAGAAUCUAGAGUUCCUCGAUGUAUCCGACAAUGAACUCACCGAGCUGCCCACUACAUUGGGUCUGCUGCUGCAGCUGCAGCAGCUCAAUAUAAGCGGCAACAAAAUAUCCGAACUGCCCAAGGAACUCAACACCUUGCGCAAUUUGGAGCAUCUAAACAUUGCCAAAAAUAAAUUUCGUCGUUUGCCGCUGCAGCUCAGCGAAUGCGUCCGUCUCAAUGAACUCGACAUCAGCGAGAACGAGGGACUCAUCUAUCUACCCGAGCGUAUAGCCAACCUACCCAUGCUGCAAUCGCUCUCCGCUGAUCUUUGCAAUCUCAUGUAUUUGCCGGCUGCACUCUCCAAGUUUAUGAACCAUGUGCGCAUCUUUCACAACACCAGUGUCAACUACAUACCCAUGAUCUAUGAGCGAUUCUAUCAAAACUUUCAUGACAACCGAAGGCAGUUCACACCCAUUUCGAUACCCAAAAAGGGUCUCUUCUGGGUGCGUGAGCUGGAGACGCAGAAACGCUUGCUCCUACCCGUAGGCACACGCAAAGUUUUCCAGGUGCCCUCGGCAGAGAAUCAAGUAACAUUAUAUGAUGAUUGCCUGCAUGCCCUGCAAUCGUUGAAUCGUGCCGUAGUGCCACUCUACGAGAAUGAGACACUGCAUCGUCUGCUGCCCGAGCCGUACAUGAGUGCACAUGUCAACAAUGGACCCAUAGCCACAUGCACUACAAAGAGCUGCUCGCGAUCUCUGUAUACAACUUACUACUUGAUGGUGGUCAAGCGUCGUGGCAGCUCUUCGAAGCAGCUCUUCACCUGUAACUUUUGCACAGUUAACUGUGCAUUCCAUUGGCUCUCUGGCAAUGCUAGAAAGUAUUAUCAGGUGGAGUGGAAAGUGUCCGAUGACGAUGACGACGACGAUGAUAAAAAAUAAACAUAUGCGGCCCCAAAACAAAAUAUUUAUACAUAUAUGUGUGUAGUUGUGAUUAGCAAAUGGUUUAGUUAAGUGUUAAUUCAUUGUGUAAAUGUUGUGUCUUAGGCUUGUUGAAGUCUGCUUAUUAAAGUGUCCCACUAAUUAUUGGCAA